UUCGUCCCAGAAGUGUGAGGAAGUACGGACCUCUCUUGAGAGACUUAUUGACUCCCUCGUCCUCCAUCAUGGCAUCUGCAGCAGAAUGGAAGCUGCAAAUGGACGCUGCCCCUGAGGCAGAAAAAGCGCAGUACCUGUUCUUCUAUGAGAAAGCAUUGAAGAGGGAAGAGGAAGAGAAGGAGAAGGAGAGAGAAGACAAAGUAAAGGCUCAUGAAGCCGUCUUCAGUAUCGUGCCCGCCUUAACUGAUGCUGAGGUGGAAGAAAAGAUUGUCCCACUCCUCAGGUCCUUAGUAGAAGUCCGGGCUGUUGAAGACCAUACUGGCCAACUCGCAAAGGUGUUCGACAAACUCAAGAAGUUGCACGAGGAUAUGGCCCUGAUGGCGCGGCAGCACCGUGACCAGUUGCAACAGUUUGCUAACUUGCAGCCGGCCCAAAGUGUCCUUCCGCCUGCUUACCCUACUUCUAGUGUUGCGUGUCAGUCCGUUCUUGCCCCUCUAACCGUGUCUUCUUCUUCUUCUUCUUCUUUGAGUGUGGCCAACAGCCUAUCCGGAUCUGCAACAGGUCCAAACCCCGUUGUUGUUGCUGCUGCUGCUGCAGCGGCAAGUGGCAGUGCAGGGCAUUCUGGAACUGUUGCAACCCUUAAUUCGGACCCAGCAACCGCUGGUCCUAGCUGCAGCUUUCCUUACAUGGAUAGAAAGGUGGCACAUAUUUCGUCUAAAUACGACAGAAAGGAUGACAUUGAAUCCUGGAUCAGCUCUAUGCGAUCCUACUUUGAUGUAUUGGGGGCACUCCCGGUUACUCAGUCGUCGGUCCUAGGGACCAAUGUGGAACCCGCCGUAAGAGGUUUCUUAGAAAUCCGAGAUGUACAAGCAGGCUAUAAAAGAAUAGACCUGAACAAAUGGCUGAAGGUUACGCCUGUAGCCACACUCGAGGAACUCUUGAUCAGACAAUAUGCUGAUCCACAUGCUGCAGCCAAAGCUAGACUUAAGCUCGACAAGCUCAAGCACAGCAAGUGGACCGGCACCAUGCAUAGUCUGCAACAGUAUGUUAGUAAACUCUUUGCUACUCCGGAUCUGGAGAUGACUACGCAGGCUUGCUUGGAUGUGAUAAAAGGUACGGUCCCCUCUACUGUGACACAUCGCCUAAGGCUCGGACUCAUAACGUAUACAGAUUGGCUUACCCUCAUGCGGGAUUUAGUCAAGCUGGAGGCACAUGACCUUCCGGGUGGAUCGGGUGGCAAAAAGACCACGAGCCGCAAACGGUUUCCAGGCAGCAACCGUUUUGCAGCGCAUGAUCUACUUGAGGUUGACGAGGAGACCUGCACAGAGAACCCUUCUCUUGAUGACGAUCAAGAGUAGGACUGCGAGGCAUCUGCUCUUCGUCAACUCAUGAGUCUGAGUAUGUAAAUGACGAUGAAUCUAUGAAUGCCGUCAAAAAGACUGCCUUCAAAAGUAAGGGACCAUGGACCACAAUGAAGAACAAUACUAACA